UUAGAUAAAAAUCAUCACAAAAUACAUAAUCACAUGGCCAUAGAAGACUUGCCAAUAGACCUAAUAACAUCGUUUCCCAUGGAUUAUAUGCAUGUGGUUUGCCUGGGUGUUGUCAAAACUUUAAUGACUUCAUGGAUAAAAAAGAGAAAUACAACAUCAUCCCUUUCAAGGGACAAAAUUACAAUAUUAAACAAUCUUCUCUUGUGUUUAAAAGGACAACUUCCUCGUGAGUUUAGAAGAAGUACAAGAGAUCUCAAUGAGUUUGAUCGGUAUAAAGCAACUGAAUUGCGAACAUUUCUUUUGUAUGUUGGUCCGUUUAUCUUAAAAGGAAUUUUGGAUGACGAGCGGUAUUUUCAUUUUCUGCAAUUGAGUUUAGCUAUUAGAAUUUUGUUAAGCCCUGAACAAUGUAGAUCAAAGAAUAAGUGCGCUGACGCAUUAUUAAAGAAUUUUUUGAAGUAUUUGCCUAAAUUUUAUGACGAAAGUAUUUCAACGUACAAUUUUCAUUGUCUCACUCACCUAGCCAGCGAUUGUUUGCAAUAUGGAUCAUGUGAAACUUUUAGUGCAUUUAAAUUUGAAAAUAAGCUGGGAAUGUUGAAAAGGCUUUUAAAGAAAAAAAAUAAUAUAUCGGCUCAACUAUAUAAUCGACUAGUGGAGCAAAGUAUCAACAUCUCACAUAGGGAUAAUACACAACCCAAAAUAUGUGCAUUUUUUUCAGUAGUCCACCCUAAUAAUUAUUAUAAAGCUCAAAAUAAUCUAUAUCGCGUGUCAUCAAUAAGCAAUCAAGAUAGUAAAGUCAUUGGACAGAAAGUUUUGAAUUUGAGUUCAAUGUUCCAUAAUCCACUGGAAUCGUCUCUUCUUGAUAUUUGGCAAACAACUAAGUUAACAGUUUCACAAGAAUCCUACCAACAUAGCUUGAAAGACAUUACUAAAAUCUGUGCUUUAAGAAACAAAAAUGAUGAAUUUGGCUUUUUUCCAGUUAUACACUAUGACUGAGGACAGUAACAUAAAUUUCAACAACAUAUUCAACAACUCGCAUAAUCUUACUUCCUUACAACCAGUAUUAAAUAAUAUGGGCCCCCUACAACCUGUGACACUAGAAGGGAUGGUGGCACAUUUUUCAAAAGCAAUUGAACCCAUGUUUAUUAGGCUUACUAAUGAAGUCACUUCAUUACGUCAUGAAAUAAAUGUCCUGCGUAAUGAAGUUAAGGAAUUGAAGAAGGAGAAAUCGCUUGUUGAGUUGUUGAUGCCUGAAAGCCCUUUUAAAAAUAUAGACGAGUUUAUGGAUUUCGAAAAAAAAUUGCAGGAAGACAAAAAGUUUUUGAAUAUGUUUGGAAAGGAGCUGUUAACGGUUGCCAAAACUCCAAAUUUUACAAAAAACUGUUGGCGAAAGCUACUAGUAGACGAACUGGCGCAAAAGAUGUGUUGGAAGGGGACAGAGGAGAAAAAAAGUGUACGCAGCC